AUGUAUAGAAAACUUUUAAUUUCGGUCGUCAUCCUUUUUAUAUUCUACAAUGAUUCAAGUGAAGCACAGAAGAAAAAAGAGACUCUCCUGUCUGAGAAAGUGACCCAAAUGAUGGAGUGGACCUCCAAGCGUUCCGUCAUUCGAAUGAACGGGGACAAAUUUCGCCGCUUUGUGAAGGCGCCUCCCAGGAACUACUCAGUUGUCAUUAUGUUUACAGCUUUGCAGCCACAGAGGCAGUGCGGGGUCUGUAGACAAGCAGAUGAAGAGUUUCAAGUGCUGGCCAACUCCUGGCGUUAUUCCUCUGCCUUCACAAACAAGAUCUUCUUUGCAUCAGUUGAUUUUGAUGAGGGAUCGGAUGUUUUUCAGAUGCUUAAUAUGAACUCUGCGCCAACAUUUAUCAAUUUCCCUGCCAAAGGGAAGCCCCGUCAAGCUGAUAACUAUGAGCUCCAGGUCAAAGGCUUUGCAGCUGAGCAGCUGGCGAGGUGGGUGGCAGACCGGACUAAUGUACAGAUACGAGUCAUUCGUCCUCCAAACUAUGCUGGGCCUCUCCUCCUUGGCUUUCUCCUUGCUGUUAUUGGCGGACUGGCAUAUCUACGAAGGAACAAUUUGGAGUUUCUCUUUAACAAUAAUGUUUGGGCCUUCUCUGCACUGUGCUUUGUCCUGAUCAUGACCUCUGGGCAGAUGUGGAACCACAUCAGAGGACCCCCAUAUGCACACAAAAAUCCUAACUCGGGCCAGAUUAGCUACAUCCACGGCAGCAGUCAGGCACAAUUUGUGGCUGAGACACAUAUUGUCCUACUCUUCAAUGCUGCAGUUACUUUGGGGAUAGUGCUUUUGUGCGAAGCUGCCAACUCUGAAACAGACAUAGGAAAAAGAAAAAUUAUGAGCGUUGCAGGUAUUGCUCUGGUGAUGCUGUUCUUCAGUUGGCUGCUGUCUAUUUUCAGGGCAAAGUAUCAUGGAUACCCAUAUAGGUAA